AUGGAUUUCUACUCAAAAAGUGGGAUCAGAGCGGAAGGGAGGAGAAAUUUCGUCGGCGCAAUAAGGGAAGAAGAAGAACCGUGGCAGCUCCUCCGACGGUUCUGUGACAGGGAGGUCUUCGGAUUUCAGCGAUCAGGAGCCGCGACAGGCGAAUUUGUCAGAGGAAGUUCAUGCGAGAGUCGUGCGACCGAGGGAUCGCGGCAGAAGUCUUCGCGUGCGAUCAGGCGCCAGAAGACCUUCGCUUGCGAUAGUUGGAAUUUGCAGAAGGAGCAGUUCACGACAGAGGUAAAUGGCCACUCUCCGGCUAUCUCCGGCGGCUAUUCAUCUCUCUCUUUCCUCCCCCACCACCCAGAUCCCAUCCAUUUCCUCCUCCCUCCGCCUCUCCCCAUCCCCCCUCCGCCGCCCCCUUUCGUCCCCAUCCCCCGCCGCCGCCUCGCCGGCGGAGGUUCGGCUUCUGCGGCCACCAUGGCCGACAGCCCCGCAUCUAGCUACGCGUCAGCCCUCGCCGAAGUCGCCAAAUCCAACAACACUCUCGACGCCACCAUGGCCGACUUGGAGAACAUCGAAACCCUCUUCUCCGACUCCUCUAUCCAGUCUUUCUUCGCCAACCCUACUUUCUCCGACGAGAAGAAGUUCGAUGUCAUCAAUGAAAUCGCCACUUCGUCUGAGUUGCAGCCCCACACUGCCAACUUCCUCAACAUCCUCGUUGACAUGAAGCGGAUCGAUUUGAUUAAGGAGAUUGUGAAGGAGUUCGAAAAUUCUUAUAAUGAGAUAACGGGGACGGAGGUCGCGGUGGUUUCUUCAGUGGUGAAGCUGGAGUCGCAGCACCUCGCGCAGAUUGCGAAGACGGUGCAGAGGCUGACGGGCGCGAAGAAUGUCCGGAUCAAGACGGCUAUUGAUCCUUCGUUGGUUGCUGGGUUCACGAUUAGGUAUGGGAACUCGGGGUCGAAGCUGAUUGAUAUGAGUGUUAAGAAGCAGCUCGAUGAGAUUGCAGCGCAGCUGGACUUCUCAACCGUUGUAAUUGCUUGAGGUAAAAGUGGGAUCUUUCUUCUUCAAUUAUGCUUUUCAUGUCCUCUUAUUGUGUAUUUUUAAAUUUAUUUGAUGUAAAAGCUGUAAAUUUAUCAGAUUCGAAACCAAGGUGCGACUUUUAUGUGAGAUUAGAAACAUCUUUAUAAUUAUUUAAUGGAACAAGGAUU